CCUGGUUUUCUCUAUACUGUUUAAACACACACUUCAUGUUUUAUCACUCAGAUUCUCAUCCCGUCACGCCGAAGCGCGGAUGAUGCGCGCUCAUACCUGAGCAGAAGAGAUCGGGGACGCGUGCGAGAGUGAUGCUGCUGCCAUGGCAACAGACCAUCAUGUGCUCAGACAUUGAUUUCACAUAUUUAUUUAAGAUCUCAAUCUUCCUUGACGUCAUGAGGAAUCCAACGAUCUGCUUCUGUGAGCUCAACAGGUAGAAUCUGACCAGAGCGAAUCUGACUGCUGCGACUGCUGUUAUUAUGGGAUGGAUAGAGAUGAUGAUGUUCGAGGAGGAAGAUGAGAAGGAAUAAAAGCGCUCUGUGACACGAGGACGGACGCGCGCGUCUUGAGCUCCAGUUAUUCUCGGUCCGUUUCUCCUGUUGAGCAUCUCCAUGCGUCUGAUUAUGAUGACGCGCCGUCGCGCGUCUGAUCAUUGACUGAUGUGCGCGCGUGCGUUUGUUAUUGAUAGACGUGUGUCCUGUUAGUGCCGUGUCUUGUAAAACCGCACAUGUCGAGCUGUCAGCGAGAGGCGUCACCGUAACAGGCGGGAAUCCCUGGAUCGGAUCACAGACCAGAGACGGGUCGCUUUCGGUGAUGUCGGAGCUGCCGGGCCUCAAGGACGCGCGUGAGGGGAGAAAUUAUGAGGAGUGAUGGACGGGCGCGUCAAGGGCGAAGAGAGCGUCAUCGACUCGCGUUUAUUCGGCGGCUCAAGGGCGUUUGAACAUGUCGAGGACGGGUCGGAGGACGGCGGGGCGAGGCGUCCACUGGAGGAAGCGUGAAGGAGCAAAUGUCGUUUUACCAGCUCUAAGGUCAAAGUAACGCGAGCUCGUUAUUCUUCUGUAUAAACGAACGAUCUCACGCGGAUCAGAUCGCGUUUAUCUGACAGAAGCGUAACAGGUCAUCCGAGAAAGAGAAAGCGUUUGAGCGCGUGCGUCUUUGUGUGUGUGUAGUCUCCUAUCCGACACGCGCCUGUCAUCGGUAUGGAAGGUGCUGCGGGCUCUGCGGACCCUCGGCCCGUCCGUAGCGGUGACUCCAAAAGGCGCAGUAAAAGCAGCCUUCCGUCUCCAGGUUACCGCCUCUCACAGGCAUCCCUGGAGGGCGACCGGGGUGAGCUGCCAACCGGGCGACGACGCCCCUCUAUCAUGAGCUCGACCCGCGAUGGUGGGCCAUUCCACCCCCUCCCUCGGCCUGCCCCGGGUUCGGCCCCGCCCACAGUGCAGCGUUCCGUGGGCUUCGCCGUCUCCCGGGCCGCUCUGGCGUCCACCUCCUUUACGGGCACCGGGAUGGUCGUGGUGGCCGCCGGACCCGAUACCACCACCACGACGGCGGCUGGGAGCCCGGAGGUCGCGCUGGGUCUGGACGGAGAAGAUUACAGUUACUCGAACCAGUCCACGUUCAUCCAGCGGCAGUUGGGGGCGAUGCUGCAGCCGGGGGUCAACAAGUUCUCGCUGCGCAUGUUCGGCAGUCACAAGGCCGUGGCGCUGGAGCAGGAGAGGCUGAAAUCAGCCGGAACCUGGAUCAUACACCCAUACAGCGACUUCAGGUUUUAUUGGGACCUCCUGAUGCUCUUGCUGAUGGUGGGGAAUCUCAUCAUUCUUCCAGUGGGCAUCACGUUCUUCCAGGAUGAGAACACGGCUCCGUGGAUCCUUUUUAACGUGGUGUCAGACACGCUCUUCCUGGUGGAUCUGGUUCUGAAUUUUCGCACGGGCAUUGUGAAAGAGGACAGCACAGAGAUCCUGCUGGACCCUAAAGCCAUCCGUCAGCGUUACCUAAAGAGCUGGUUCCUCGUGGAUUUUGUGUCCUCGAUCCCAGUGGAUUACAUCUUCCUGAUGGUGGAUCUGGAGGCUCGGCUGGACUCAGAGGUGUAUCGGACCGCUCGAGCGCUGCGGAUUGUUCGAUUCACAAAGAUUCUUAGUCUGCUGCGAUUGUUGCGUCUGUCUCGACUCAUACGAUAUAUCCACCAGUGGGAGGAGAUCUUUCACAUGACGUAUGAUCUGGCCAGUGCGAUGGUGCGGAUUGUCAAUCUGAUCGGCAUGAUGCUGUUGUUGUGUCAUUGGGACGGCUGUCUGCAGUUUCUGGUGCCCAUGCUGCAGGAUUUCCCGUCUGACUGCUGGGUCUCCAAAAACGACAUGGUGAAUGAAACGUGGGGCAUGCAGUACUCGUACGCUCUCUUCAAAGCCAUGAGUCACAUGCUGUGCAUCGGUUACGGCGCUCAGGCUCCGGAGGGCAUGACGGAUGUUUGGUUGACCAUGUUGAGCAUGAUUGUGGGUGCCACCUGCUAUGCCAUGUUCAUCGGGCACGCCACGGCUCUCAUCCAGUCACUCGACUCUUCUCGACGACAGUACCAAGAGAAGUAUAAGCAGGUGGAGCAGUACAUGUCAUUUCAUAAACUACCAGCAGAUGUCAGGCAGAAAAUCCACGAGUAUUAUGAACAUCGAUAUCAAGGAAAGAUGUUUGAUGAGGACAACAUUCUGGGAGAGUUGAGCGAGCCUUUAAAGGAGGAAAUUGUGAGCUUUAACUGCCGCAGUCUGGUGGCUAACAUGCCGCUUUUCGCUAACGCUGAUCCCAACUUCGUGACGGCGGUCCUUACCAAACUGAAGUUUGAAGUGUUUCAGCCCAACGACUUCAUCAUUCGCGAGGGAACCGUUGGCCGUAAAAUGUAUUUCAUCCAACAUGGUCGGGUCAGCGUUCUGACACGCGUCAACAAAGAAACCAAACUCAGUGACGGCUCAUAUUUUGGUGAGAUCUGUCUGUUGACCCAUGGUAGGAGGACAGCAAGCGUCCGAGCAGACACGUACUGUCGACUUUACUCUCUGAGUGUGGACAGUUUCAAUGAGGUUUUGGAAGAGCACCCCAUGAUGAGACGGGCCUUCGAGACUGUGGCAGCUGACAGACUCAAUCGGAUUGGUAAGAAGAACUCCAUUUUGUUGCGCAAGACCUCUCAGGGAGGAUCCGUGGCGAGCAGCAGUUUGGGACGGGGCGGAGGUAGCCGCGGUGGCGGUGCAGGCGGUGCCGGCUUGGGUUCUUGUGACAGCAUGUUGGUUCAGCAGAUCGUUAAGCACGACAGUAUGCCCACCAUGCAGGACAUUGCCGCUGGCAACCGCAUCGGAGGCACAAUCUCGCCUUGCACUCAUCCGGUGAUCUGGGCGCCACUGAUCCACGCCCCGCUCCAGACUGCUGCUGCCACAACCAACGUGGCAAUUGCUUUGAUGCAUCAGCAGCAGCAACAGCAGCAGUUACAGCAGCAGUUACAGCAGCAACAUGCGCUGGGAGCCGCCAUUUUCCUUCCCAUCUCCCCCUCCCACUCAACCUGCCCUCUUUCACCACCCCGUCCACCCAUACUGCACCCUCGUCAGUCCUUUAGCUCCCUAAUAGCUUUGAUGGGUGGUCUCCCCCCCCGAGGAUUCCCUUCAUCUGUAACUCCAACACCCUCCCCCUCUGCCAUGGGACCAACCGCUGUGGGAGUGGCUCCUACAUCAGGUGGAGGGGGUGGUGCUGCAAAGACCCCAUCCACACCUGCAUCGACAGUUCCUGCCCCUCUACAGGCUGGCAGGACUCUUCAUCACAGUCACCGCUUUCACAUAGAGCCCACGGGAGGGAGUCAGACAUCACCUCUCCAUAAAGUUGUGCCUCCCUCCUCAGCCGCUGCAGCAUUUUCUGUUGAAGGACGAAGUAUUGGUUCUUGUCAGCAGGGGGCUAAAGAGGCAUUACUGCGUCAUGUUGGAGGAGGCAGCACCCAGGGUCUCCCAAUGAUUGGUCGACUUACUCAGGAGGCCAGACUGCUCUCGGCCUCUCAACCAACACUGCCUCAUCGUAGCUGGGCCGGUGUACAGCCUCACCCACCUCUCCAUCGUAAAGCCUCUGGAGGGAAUUUGCUGUCGGCCCCCUUCCUUAUGUCAUCAGGACUUGGUAGAGGCGGUAGUGCAGGUGUUCUGUAUUCGAAUGCUCCACAAACUAAGGUCACACAAACACCCAUCACACACACACCCCUUCUGAUGCCCUCCCAGCUGGCACAUGCACUUCCACUCACAUCAGCACUAGGAUCUACUCCAUCACCCCUUGCCCCCUUCUCCUCUUUAAAACAGACUCCGUUUUGUUCCACCAACCCCCCUUCAGUCUUUACACCCUCUGGUAUAGGUGCCCCUCAAACCCAGCAGCUCAAACCUGGCUCUGCAAUUCCGACUCCUCCUUCAACCUCUCCUCCACCCUCACUCUGCCAUCCUUCUCAGUUUAUCUCCCCUUCUUCAUCUUCAUCUUCUGUUCCCUCUUUGGCACAGAAUGCCCAAACCAAACUCUCUCAGACACCACCAUCACCGUUGUCUUACACCACUAAUUCACAACCCACCGUAACUCCUUCUCAAGCUCCCAUUCAAACCCCUACCCAAACCAAAACACCAACCCCAAUUCAAACUCCCACCCAGACAAGAAUGCCAACCCCUAUUCAAGUCCUUGUGCAGACCUCUAACCAAACUCAAGUAUCAGCUGUCACCCAGUCUCAAACAACAGCUGCUAUUCAAACUCAGUCCCAAGCUAGAUGUCCAACUCCUGUCAACAUUGCCAGAGCUGCACAAACUCAAACUCAAUCCAACUCUUCAGUUCAUAGUCCAGUUCACACCCAAACAUCAAUGCAAACUCCAGCUAAAACUCUGAGUCAGAGUGCUAUAACCCAGAUCUCAGCUUCUGGUUCCCAGGUUCUAGGAACUUCUUUAGCCCAAUCACCAGGCUUCAAUCAAAGCCAAAACUCAACUCCCAUCAGUACCCCCACUCAAAGUGGAUGUUCAUCCCCUGUACAAACCCCAACCACACAGACCCUUAUUCCAUCCCAAGCUCCUGCUCCUGCUCCUACCCAAACCCCUGCCUUCAAACAAACUCCAUCUGCCAAAGCCCCCACUGCUGCACCUUUGACUGCACCACAUUCUCCUGCACUCAGUCCGUCUCCAUCUGCUGCAUCUUCAACUGUAUCACAUUUUUCUGCACUCAGUUGGUCUCCAUCUGCUGCAUCACAUUCCACUGCACUCAGUCCGUCUCCUGCUGCUGCAUCUUCAACUGCAUCACAAUCUCCUGCACUCAGUCCGUCUCCAGCUGCUGCACCUUCAACUGCAUCACGUUCUCCUGCACUCGGUCCGUCUCCAGCUGCUGCAUCUUCAACUGCAUCACAAUCUCCUGCACUCAGUCCGUCUCCAGCUGCUGCACCUUCAACUGCAUCACGUUCUCCUGCACUCGGUCCGUCUCCAGCUGCUGCACCUUCAACUGCAUCACAUUCUCCUGCACUCAGUCCGUCUCCAGCUCCUGCACCUUCAACUGCAUCACGUUCUCCUGCACUCAGUCCAUCCCCUGCUGCUGCACCUUCAACUGCAUCACAUUCUCCUGCACUCAGUCCGUCUCCAGCUGCUGCACCUUCAACUGCAUCACAUUCUCCUGCACUCAGUCCGUCUCCAGCUGCAGCACCUUCAACUGCAUCACGUUCUCCUGCACUCAGUCCGUCUCCAGCUGCAGCACUUUCAAUUGCAUCACGUUCUCCUGCACUCAGUCCAUCCCCUGCUGCUGCUCCUUCAAGUGCAUCACAUUCUCCUGCACUCAGUCCGUCUCCAGCUGCUGCACCUUCAACUGCAUCACAUUCUCCUGCACUCAGUCCGUCUCCAGCUGCAGCACCUUCAACUGCAUCACGUUCUCCUCCACUCAGUCCGUCUCCAGCUGCAGCACCUUCAACUGCAUCACGUUCUCCUGCAAUCAGUCCGUCUCCAGUUGCAGCACCUUCAACUGCAUCACGUUCUCCUGCACUCAGUCCGUCUCCAGCUGCUGCACCUUCAACUGCAUCACGUUCUCCUGCACUCAGUCGGUCUCCAGCUGCUGCACCUUCAACUGCAUCACGUUCUCCUGCACUCAGUCUGUCUCCAGCUGCUGCACCUUCAACUGCAUCACGUUCUCCUGCACUCAGUCCAUCCCCUGCUGCUGCACCUUCAACUGCAUCACAUUCUCCUGCACUCAGUCCGUCUCCAGCUGCUGCACCUUCAACUGCAUCACAUUCUCCUGCACUCAGUCCGUCUCCAGCUGUGGCACCUUCAACUGCAUCACGUUCUCCUGCACUCAGUCCAUCUCCAGCUGCUGCACCUUCAACUGCAUCACGUUCUCCUGCACUCAGUCCGUCUCCAGCUGCUGCACCUUCAACUGCAUCACGUUCUCCUGCACUCAGUCUGUCUCCAGCUGUGGCACCUUCAACUGCAUCUUGUUCUCCUGCACUCAGUCCAUCCCAUGCUGCUACACUUUUAACUGCAUCACAUUCCACUGCACUCAGUUCAUCUCAUCUUUCCACCUCCUCUUCCCGAACAGAUGAAUGGAAAAUCCAGGACUUGCCUCAGACAUAUAAAGACAAAAAGACCUGCUAACCUGUGAUGAGUAAGGGGACAAUUCAGGAAAAGUUCUGAUCGGGGUCUCCUGUUGUUUAUGGUUACUAAGGUUAGAGUUGUUGUGCUGACUGUUGGAAGAUUUUCCAGUUUUCUCCCAUGAAUCAAGGUCCAAAAAACAACUAAAAAUGUUUGAUUCAUUAGUAGAACUAGUGUGUUUAUAAAGAUUCUUCAUUGUCCCGGUCAUCUUAGAAUGUCCACUAUUCUAUAGCUGCAUGGUGGAGUAAAGAAACUAGUUUGUAAUAUUGUACACAUUUUACCAAACAGUAGAGCUGGUAACUCUAAUGAGUGUCAGAUGCUCUUAUUAGACCUUAAUACUAUUCAUCUGAUAGGAUGAAAGAUUUCAAUCUUUGAUAGUUUAGAUACAAAUUCUCUCAUUUGUCAAAAACCGUUGCUGAUAAUCUUCAAGCGAAUGUACUUUCAGAACAUUCAGCGGCAUCUGUGUCACCACUGUAUAAUGUGAGGGAAAGAGUACAAUCAGCAGUAGGUCUUUUAGCAGAGCACUUUUCGUCAGGACAUUAGCCAUAAAUCAGCUUUUAAUGGGAUCAAAUGAACACUAGUCAUAUUUUAUCAUCACAAACAGCAUUUCAGGCGAGUAGAGACGUCCACUGCCAGAGAAUCAGAUGUAAAAACACAGACAGUCAUUCAGUGUGUAGAAAGCUCUAUGCAGAACACCAGCUGGUGAAUUUUCGAACACAUUCUGUCAUAAUUUACGUUUUCUCAAACGAUUACAAUCACAGAAAAAAAAAUGAAGAGCAAAUAACUGAGCUAAGUGUUUUAUCUUGAGUAUAAUAAUGUAAUCUGUCCAAACAUUCUCAUACGCCACAUUGAAAUCAUUAUAAACCUUGAGUUUGAAAAGAUGUUUAUGACACAUUACGUUUGUGUUCAUGUAGAUUUCACUGCCUAUAAACCUAUGGUGCAUUGUAAAUAGUGAGUUGUGUAGAAAACACAUUUCUACAGGACAAAAUGAAUUUAUUCUGUUCUGUUUUGUGUACUUCCCUUUGUUAAGCUAUUAGCCAGUGAUUACCUGUCAGUAUAACAUUUAACUCCUGUGAUAUCACUAUCAUGGCAAACUGCUUAGGUCACUUACCUUUGACACUGGAUCAAAAAACUAAAUACAAUUUCCUUCUGAUCUUUGUGCAUCAUUAGAGCAUGAACCCAUUUAAAAAUCACAUAGAGACAAUAGACAAUAAGAUUUAAUUGCACAUUUUAAUGGAUGGUCAGGGUGAAAUGUAACUCAUGGUUUCAAACGUCACCAAAAUGUUAAAUUUGCCUUUAGGUACUUACAAUGUUCAUCACAGGUGUGAAAAACUGUCAAGAAUUUAAAUGUGUAUGAAUAUUCUGUUGAUAAAUGGAAGCGAUCCAUCAGUAGUUUGUGGUCUCAGGUGUUUGAUGUUAGUUUUGGACUAAAUGACUAUUAAGUUCAUAUUCUAACUCGCUGCUGUGUGUUUGUUUAUAUUGUGUGCUGCGAGUGCUUUACCUUCAGACCGAUGUGUCAGUGUCUCUUUUUGUCUAUCACACACACAUCUGAUGUGUUCUACUGUAGCCGCACACAGACUCUCUCUCUCUCUCUCUCUCCAGUGCUGUUCUUUACUGUUUUGUGCCGAUAGUGAGAUUAUGUCUGAGUUUUUCCCUCUAAUACCAUGUUGCCUAGAUUUAAGGACCAAAUGUUUAUUCUUAUUUGUUGUCACAGCUUUAGCUUUUGAGGAAAAAAAUUAUGGACUUAAUAAUACCUGCUAUUAUAUAGAAGAGAUAUAAUAAUGACUAUGUAAAAAAUGACUUUUUUGCCAAAUCACAAUAAAGUGAAAUAAUCAGU